AAUUCCAACCACAUCUCCUUCCCCCCACACACCUACAACAGCCGCAGCCACCAUGCCUCGUCAACGUUCUACCCCUGCGCGCAGCGCUCCCAGCAGACCUACCGCCGCCCCUGCCCGGCCAGCUCCUCCUCCCCAGGCCCAGCAGCAGCACCAGCCUCACUCGACUGCUGCUCACCCUUACCCCCAGCAGGCUCACCAGCCCCCUCCGCAAGUCGUCCAGCAGAGCUCGGGGCCGGGUCUCUUUGGCCAGAUGGCUUCCACUGCUGCUGGUGUUGCAGUCGGUUCCUCCAUCGGACACGCCAUCGGCGGUUUCUUCAGCGGCGGCUCCAGCGCUCCUGCCGAAGCCCAGCAGGCUCCUCCCCCCGCGCAGUCUCAGUCGAUGGACAACGGGCUGUGGCAGAGCAGCGCGACUAACAGUGCCUGGGAAACCCCUGCAUGCGAGGCCGACGUUCGCAAUUUCCGCAAGUGUAUGGAUGAGAACCAGGGCAACAUGUCCAUUUGCGGUUGGUACCUGGACCAGCUGAAAGCCUGCCAGGCCGCCGCUAAGCCUUACUAAGCUGUCAUCAUGCAUUUCCGGGGGGUUAAUUUGAGGGAUGCAAUCUACUUUUUUUUUCACAAAUCCAGUCGCUUUUGAUCGGGUCAUGUAUACCAACCAACAUUUGUAUUUUCAACGGUUCCAUCCCUGGACCAGGGUCUCAUAGAAGAGACACGAAGUAAGAGGAUAAACUCGAACAAACAGAGCAAAAAAUUGAAAAAGACGAUAUCACUAAUGAAAGUGAUCCCAUUCCACUCUACAACCAUUCUUUCCCUUAUACAUUCAAUCUGCUACAUCCGUAAAAUAAGAAUAAUUAUAC